UCAUAAAAUACAUUUUUUCAUUCACAGAAAAAGAAAUUUGUGCAAAAAUGUUAAAUGCAACUUUUUCCUGAAAGUUUUCAAUAUAGUAAACAUUUCAAGUAUGAUCUAUAAAGAGUUUAAUGCAUGACUAAAAGAAAUUGGUUUUAUAUGCAGCUUAAAGCAGAGAUAUCACUGAAGUAACUUGCCCAGAGCAUUCAAGCAGAACACCUGGCAGUGAGGAGCAGUCACAGACUGUUAACCUCAAGAUGUGAUAGUGUCUGUGAGUCAACGGAGCUUCAAAAACUCUGCCACUUUCUGCUUUUGUCACAGUUCAACUACAUAAAGAGAUCUUAAGCUUCAUUGCUUCAUUCAAGAAAGUCUAAGAUUCUCAAAAAAAGUGACUUCGGAUCACACAACUGCCUGUGAGGCACCUGCUGGAUCAUGAGUCUCCAGCCACUGACUCCAGUGAACUGUGCAGGCCUCCUGCAGCCUGGCUGCUCCCUCCUACAGCUAGAUGGAGAAGUUCUCUUGUUUGGCCAGAAAGGAUGGCCCAAGCGUUCAUGUCCGACAGGUGUAUUUGGUGUACGCUUUAAAAAGGGUGAGAUAAAGCUGAGGCCCAUUUCUUUCUCCAAUGACUCGUGCUACCUCCCCCCGUUACGCUGUCCAGCUGUCUGUCGUCUUGACCCUUACGAUGGCCUGCCAGAGAGUUAUCUCAUUCAUGGCGGCCGGACCCCAAACAAUGAAAUCGCAUCCAGCCUGUACCUGCUGACUGUAGACAGCCGCGGUUGUAACCGCAAACUGACCCUCAAGUGCAAGGAGAAAGAGCUGGUGGGAGAUGUUCCGGGGGCUCGAUAUGGCCACACCAUGAGCAUGAUUCAAAGCCGGGGAAAGUCUGCAUGCAUAUUAUUUGGGGGUAGGUCUUACAUGCCUGCAGGGGAACGAACCACUGAGAGCUGGAACAGUGUUGUUGACUGUCCUCCCCAGGUUUUCCUCUUUGACCUCGAAUUUGGGUGCUCGUCUGCUCACACUUUGCCAGAGCUCAGUGAUGGACAGUCUUUCCAUUUGGCUCUUUCCAGAGAGGAUAGUGUGUACUUCAUCGGGGGCCACUCACUCUCCUCCGACUCACGCCCACCUCGACUGUUUCGCCUGCGUGUCGAGCUCCUGCAGGGCAGCCCACUGCUGUCCUGUGAGACCCUGGACACGGGCCUAUCCAUCUCUAGUGCCAUAGUCACUCGCACAGGUCCCGCUCACAGAUUUAUCGUCUUAGGGGGAUAUCAGUCGGAUUCUCAGAAGAGGAUGAAUUGCAGCACUGUUGUUUUGGAUUCGAAGGGAAUCCACUUUGAGACCUUAGACCAACCCAAGUGGACUCCAGAUAUUAUUCACAGUCGCACCUGGUUUGGGGGAAGCUCUGGAGAAAGCCGCAUCCUCCUGGCCGUUCCCACUGAGGGACGGCAAUCCCAGCCUGACACGCACUAUUUUUAUCACGUGAGCUUCCAAACAGAGGGAGAAAACCAGGAUGAAGAAGGACUCCAGGCCUGCAGCCAAGAGUCAACAGAUUAUGACAACUCUACGCCUCUUGAAGACUCAGAGGAGCUCUACUUUGGUCGGGAGCCACAUGAGCUGGAGGACAGCAGCGACGGAGACGAAGACACCUACAAUGAAGAAGAUGAGGAGGAUGAGUCACAAACAGGCUAUUGGAUCAAAUGCUGCCUUGGCUGUCAGGUGGACCCCAACACAUGGGAGCCAUACUACUCCACAGAGCUCCACCGCCCUGCCAUGAUCUUCUGCUCCAGGGGGGAGGGGGGUCACUGGGUCCAUGCCCAGUGCAUGGAGCUGUCAGAGACCCUGUUAGUUAAGCUUUCUCAAGGCAGCAAAAAGUACUUCUGUCUGGAUCACGGAGGCCUACCCUACCAGGAGAUGACCCCACCUCGACAAACCAUGCCCCUGAAGCGUACACCCAUGAAGGUGAAAGACAGAAAAACUCCUCUGAUGAUUAAAAUGUCCCCUACCAAAAAACGCUUUUUCAAAAGGCUUUUUUAAUGGCUGAUUUUCUUUGUUAAAAGAAUUAUCACGCAUCCCAUGAAUAUAUUUUUAACAACUCAGAAAGGAAAAGUGAAAUUUUCUGUUCGUUCCCUGUAUUUCUUGGCUGUUUAAGUAAUUAUUUUGCAUUAUUUAAAGUUGUGUGGUUUUCCUUAAUCAUAACAUUGUUUUUAAAGCUCCUGUAAAAUGAAAUGCUUUGUACUAGUCAUGAAAGUAUAAUUCUAUUUUGUUAUUAAAAUAAAAAACAAAAAAAAGA